UUCAUUUGUUCGUCCGAUGUGGGAACGGUAACACUACUUUAGCCCAGCUUCUUUUCUAUGCUUCCACUGCAUCCUCUGUCGUCGUCGUUUCUCCUCCGGACAGCAGACAACGCCACUGCCUCCAUCGCCGGCGACAGCUUGAGCUCCGUCGACAAUGAUUCCACCACACGUAGUUUAUUAAUUUUAAUUUUAUCAGUUGGGUUUUUCUCUCUCAAAUAUUUAUGUGGACUGGGUUCAUUGCCAUUAGAGUUUAUUGUCUCCAAUGUUUACCUGCCAACUGAAUCCCAAAGCUCUCCAGAGAAUAGCCAGGCAACCGUCCCAGUUGGUGAAGACAUUGUGCUCUUUUCAGAAUGAGCACCACGUGUUUGAUAGAAGUCCUAGACUAACUCUUAAGUCUAUACACCAUUCCAUGUUUAAUUUUAUUCACCAGAGCCGAUUUGAAGCUCUUAAAGUUUUCAAGAAACAGUUUCAAAUGGGUGUCUCAGAGAUUGAUGAGGUUGCCAUCGCGUUAGCUCUCAAGGCAUGCAAAGGUGACUUGAAAUUUGGGUCUCAAUUACAUAGUCUUACUAUAAGAAGUGGAUUAUUUUCUUAUAUUACCAACCCGAAUUCAUUGAUGAAUAUGUAUUGCAAAUCUGGACAGUUCAGUCAUGCCAUGCUUAUUUUUGAGGACAUGGAGAAUCCUGAUACUGUUUCAUAUAAUACGGUGCUUUCUGGGUGUGAAAAUGGAGGAGAUGCAUUGUGUUUUGCACAUAGAAUGCAUGCACUUGGGGUUACUUUCGAUGCAGUGAGUUAUACAACAGCUCUCUCUCAUUGUACGACUCAAGAAAUGUUCAUAGUUGGAAGUCAAUUGCAUUCUUGUGUAAUAAAGUCCGGAUUGGAAUUUGAGGUUUUUAUUGGGAAUGCACUUGUGACUAUGUAUUUGAAGUGGGGGAAAAUUGUAGAAGCUGAAAGAGUAUUUCGUGAAAUGCCAAGUAAAGACUUGGUUUCAUGGAAUACCCUAGUUGGAAGUCAAUUGCAUUCUUGUGUAAUAAAGUCCGGAUUGGAAUUUGAGGGUUUUAUUGGGAAUGCACUUGUGACUAUGUAUUUAAAGUGGGGGAAAAUUGUAGAAGCUGAAAGACUAGUGCAGUUUCAGCUUGUGGGCAGCAAAGAGAUUUGGAAUUUGGUAAGCAGAUACAUGGUUUUGCUAUCAAGAGGGCCUACGGAACUCAUGUUUCGGUUUGAGAUUUUUAACUCAAUGACGAGAGAUUUCUCUAUCGAACCGUCUGCAGAGCAUUACUCUUGUGUGGUUGAUAUGUUGGGCCGUGCAGGGCGGCUAAAUGAGGCUGAACAAUUCAUGUCCCGAAUUCCAGGAGGACCGGGAAUCUCUGCACUUCAAAGCCUGCUUGGUUCUUGCAGGACUCAUGGCAAUGUAGAGAUGGCUAAGAGGGUAGGCGAAGCCCUGAUCGCUUUGGAACCCGAGCAUUCAGGUUCGUUCGUGUUGAUGUCGAAUUUGUAUGCUGAGAAGGGGCAGUGGGAGAAGGUAGCAAACAUCAGAAAGGGGAUGAGAUGUAGGGGAGUGAAGAAAGAGGUAGCAUUUAGUUGGGUUGAUGUAGGAAGCUUUGAUGAUUCUCUGAAUCUGCAUGGGUUUUCAUCAGAUGUCAAGUCUCAUCCAUUGUCUGAGGAAAUUUAUAGGAUGGUGGAGUGGCUUGGAUCAGAGAUGAAACAUUUAGAGGAAGAUGAAGAUGAUAGAUACAACAGGUUUGUAGCAUGUGGUCAUAUUUGACUCAAAAGGUAGAGUAGUUCCAUUUUUGAGAUUAUAAUUGUAGUUGUAACUAAAAAUAUAAUAUUUAGAAUAGUCAUUUGAUAUUUUGAUGUUUACAUUUUUUC